AGACGCGUUGCUGUCUGUUUUGUCCCUGUCCGCGCACCAUCGCUAGCCAAAACAGAAAAUGGCUUCAACUGAGUCUCAGCCGCGGUUUGGCCAGUCUGUCAAGGGUUUAUUAUCCGAUAAAGUGGGCUGCUGUAGCGGCGACGUGAUAGCACUGACCCGCCAAGUGCUGAAGGGAUCCCGCAGUCAGGAGCUUCUUGGUCAAGCAGCAAGAAAUAUGGUCAUUCAGGAGGAUGCUAUCCUGCAUUCUGAGGAUAGUCUGAGGAAAAUGUCCAUUAUCACCACACAUUUACAGUACCAGAGGCCAUCCAGAAAAACGUGGAGCACUCUAAAAACCUGCAGGACCAGCUGAGACACCUGCUGAAGUGACUGGCGCCCCCCCGGCCUCAGGAGGGUCCUGUGCGAACCAGCACUGUCUCAGCAGUGUCUGUGGGAUUUAAUGCUGGCCCACAUGGAUCAUCUGCCAUACUGCUACUGUAAACGCACUGCCAGCUGCUGCAGUUGGGGCUGUUGUCAUUUCAUGUGCCUGUGUUUAAGGAUUGGUCAGCAAAGAGAGGACCACGUACAGUUUUUUGAGUUAUGUAAAAUGUUUACACUGAUUUAUGAAAUACGUUUGUCUCCAUCGUCUUAAAAAGUUGUAGGCCUGCACCAAAGCAUAACCUCUUUUAAUGUUUGUCUUUAGAGUGCACCUCAUCACCAUCAUUGACUGGUAGAGCUUAAUAUUGUGUAUUGUUGUCUUGAUUGUGCAGGCACUUUGUGAGAGCAACAGUUCUGAAAAUAGAAUGAGCCUUCUGGAAUUUGUUGAGUUCUUUGUACAAAUAUUCAUUUUAGCCAUUUAGGUUUUGAAAGAGGAGUAGUUCAACAAAAAAGAUCUCACCGCACUUGAAUAAGAUGAAAAGAUGGACUGGGAAAAGUUUUGGCCUGUUUGGUGAUCUCUGCUUUAUGGUUUGCAUCUGGUACAUUGGACUCAAAUGUAUCUACUUACAAAUUCAGUUUAAUUUGUAUUAAAGUUGUACCUCAAUAGAGUUUGCUGCUUUAACAUUCACAGUUUCCCUUUCUGUGACUGCUUUAAUUGUCAUGACUUUAGACAAAGAAAUGUUGCAUCUAAAAUGACAUGGGGCCCAACCCACAGAGUAAUGAAAGCUCUGAUUUUUUGUUUUUUUUUAAAGGCACAGUUCACCACAAAAUCAAAAAUGUAUAUGUUUCCUCUUACCGGUGGUGCUGUUUUGGCGUGAGCUGCCAAGUUUUGGGGAUAUCAGCUAUGCUACAUGAAACUGCUGUGGAGUAUCUUGAGUGACCGAGUUUUGAUUUCUGGAAAGACAGACAACUGCUGAGUUUUUUUUAAAAUGUGCAAACACACAGACACAAGUUAGGUGCCAUCUAGUUCCAUUAUACUAAAGAGAAGGCAGACAUUACAGCCCAUAUCUCAAAAACUCUGCAGCUCAUGCCGAAAGAAUCCAGAUAAAAUAUGUAUUUUAGAUUUUGGUGUGAACUGUCCCUGCACCCAUUUAUUUGUUUGUAAUUGUUUCUAAUUAAAGUUCUUAAAGAACCGAAGAUUAA